AUGCGUCGACGCGUCCGUCGCUUGGAGGGGCGAAAAAAGCGACGAAAAAGCGACAAAAAGAUCCCGCGAUUCGAAGAUAUUUUCGCGAAAAAAGCAGCCAACCCGUGGUUCGCAGUCUUGGGAUUGGAAUUCCCACGCGACGCCACGCAAGCUGUGACAAAAUCUGAUUCGGUUUCUGAUUUGGGAAUUUCGUCACUGGAAACCUGUGGUGAAAAGAUCUGGGGUUGUGCCUCGGAUGCCUCGGAUGCCUCGGAUGGCCUCUCGCGUGCACCGGGGCUUGAUUGGCACAGCAAUCGGAAAAGUAAGUGUCGAGGCGUUGUUAUCCUCGGAACCAACAACGCUCGAUACGCACACUCACGACGCAUCCUCACGCACGCUCGACACCGCUUGACGAACAUGACCACAGCCGCGAUCGCUCGCCGCGCCUUCGCCGCGGGCCUCCUCUCGCCCGCGACCUUCCGCCCCGCGCUCGCCGCCUCGGACCACCGCACCAGGGCCAUGGGUGUCGUGACGGACCACAACCUCGGCAAGAACCUUGACGACGCCAUUCACAAGGCCGAGAGGGCGCGAGAGGACAUCUGGUUCCGCGAACACGACCUCGACGCGCUCCGUGACUUGUAUAAGAAGGCGCGGAAGCAGGCGAGGCACUGGAAGAUGGAGGGCGAGUCGGUCAAGACCGACGCCGCGGAGCUGAGCGAGCUAAAGGAGUUGGUGAACGGCAAGCUGGACCAAGCCACCAUGGAGCGGCUCAUCGACUGGAAGCAUCACCAAUGA